AUGGCCUCCGUGAUUGAGCAAUGUCAAGUUGCGCCACCUCCCGGCGGCGCAGUGGAGGUGACACUCCCUCUUACUUAUUUUGAUCUUGUUUGGUUAGGGUUCCACCGUAUACGGCGGAUCCUAUUCUACAAGCUCCCCAUUUCCAAACCUGAUUUCGUUCAAAACAUUAUUCCUCCUCUUAAAAAUUCACUCUCCCUCACUCUCAAACACUAUAUGCCCUUAGCCGAAAACGUUGCUCGUCCACUAGAUACUAGCGGAUAUCCUGAGUUACGUUAUGUGACAGGAGAUUCUGUAUCUGUUAUUUUCGAUUCCCUUUCUAUCGACUGUGGUAACGAAUCCCUCAAUAAGUCUAGAAAUUCAGAUGGAGAUUUAGAAAUUAGCUUGUGUUUGCCUGAAAUGCGAAUGAAUGCUUGGUAUUUUGUAGCAAGCAUAGUUGGGUGUGUCACAAGUACAAGGCAUGCUGACUUAGUUGGAAAGGAAGGCUUUAUAAUUGCGGUGGAAUUAAUUAGAGAAGUCAUUCAAAAAAAAAUGAAGGAUGAAGAAUGGGUCCUUAAUGGUAAUUGGUUAAAAGCGUUGGACAACGUAGACCUAAUUCAAUUUUUUUCAAUUGCUGGAUCGCCAAAACUUGACUUGUAUGCUGCUGAUUUCGGAUGGGGAAGGGCCGCGAAGUUAGAAUUCAUUUCUCUUGACAAUGAUGAUGGUGAAAUUUUGAUGUCUCUUAGUAAAUCUAAGGACUUUGAUGGAGAUUUAAAAAUUGACUUGUCUUUGUCUAAAACUCGAAUGAAUGCUUUUGCUGCUAUAUUCACUCACGGGCUUAGCUUUCUAUACCAAGUCUGA